AUGGAUUUACAUCUCGUUUGGACGAACGAUGGAAUAAUCUUCGUAAAGCCCUUGCCUCGUUUCCUACUUAGUCUCGAGGUUUGGAAUGAAUACCUCAAUUGCGAAGUUGAUUGCAAGUGUCGACGGGGUUCUGCGGUACUCAACACUGGCGAUGCUCGACAGACACCACAUCGUUAUAGGUCCGACAAUUCGGGAGGCGUAAAUAUCAACCGACCCGGCGUUAGUUGGCCUUCGAGGACUCAGCGGGAUGUCUGUGCGCUACGGAGAUGCGCCUUAGGUUUUCUCUACUCGUAUGCUUGCCUUAUUACUUACGAAAGCGACUUUGCAUACUCGAAAGAACACCAUCUUCUUCCUAGUUUAGCCAGGGGCUCAGAGAUUCAAUGGGACGAUUGGAAGAAGUUUUCCAAGGAAAUUCUCGCCAAAUAUAAGGAAGCUGAUGUACAUCCGCGUUUCCACCGGGGAGAACUUCGUCUUUCCCGAUUGAAUUUCUUCAGUCGCUUUACCCAGUGGCCAUUAUUUACUUCGUAUAUUCGCGGUUGGCGAAACUACGGUAGUUUGGUCCGAGACAAUAUCACCUCACUAGCUACGGCUACUAUUUUCAUUGCCUUGAUUCUGACGGCGAUGCAAGUUGCGCUUGCCACGGACCAAAUCAAAGCACACCCUCAGUUCAUGGACGUUUCGUACGGCUUUUCCAUUUUCGCUAUUUUGGCUCCGCUGUUCGUGCUUUUCUUGGUUAUUGUGGAAGUUCUUUAUAACCUUCUUAAAGAUAACCUAUUGACCCCAAACCUUGCGAAAAAGCUGGCUAGAAAGAAGAGACCUGCAGCAGAUGCGUCGGUAUAA